AUGUUGUGGAAUGCACAACGAACUACUUUUGUACAUCGAGCUAUGUCUGUACUUAACACCAUGCACACUCAGUUACCAACACAGCAUGUGCUAAGAGCGAAAUGGAUGUAUUUGAUUGGACGAUCCUUAAGGCUGUGCAGCGAGGGGGUUCAUCCUGAUGAUCCAAAGUAUCAAUGGGAUGUGGAAGCUCUUCUUCCGGAACAAAUGUUGCGGGAUGUUGGGAUAAAAAGCAGCACAGGGUUCAUGUCAGCAAGCAUGGAAGGAAAGGAAAAGACCGUCAAACCAGUGAACGAACACCAAGAAGGAAGAGACCGACAACCUGUUGAUCGAACACCAGAUGAUAGAGAUCGGCAACCAGGUGAUCGAACACCAGAAGGAAGAGACCGGGAACCAGGUGAUCGAACACCAGAUGAAAGAAAUCGGCAACCAGGUGAUCCAACGCCAGAAGGAAGAGACCGACAACCAGGUGAUCGAACACCAGUAGGAAGAGACCGACAACCAGGUGAUCGAACACCAGAAGGAAGAGACCGACAAAAAGGUGAUCGAACGCCAGAAGGAAGAGACCGACAACCAGGUGAUCGAACGCCAGAUGAAAGAGAUCGGCAACCAGGUGAUCGAACACCAGUAGGAAGAGUCCGACAACCAGGUGAUCGAACGCCAGAAGUAAGAGACCGACAACCAGGUGAUCGAACACCAGAAGGAAGCGACCGACAACCAGGUGAUCGAACACCAGAUGAUAGAGAUCGGCAACCAGGUGAUCGAACAUCAGAAGGAAGAGACCGACAACCUGGUGAUCGAACACCAGAUGAAAGAAAUCGGCAACCAGGUGAUCGAACGCCAGAAGGAAGAGAUCGGCAACCUGGUGAUCGAACACCAGAAGGAAGAGACCGACAACCUGGUGAUCGAACCCCAGAAGGAAGAGAUCGGCAACCUGGUGAUCGAACACCAGAGGAUAGAGACCGGCAACCAGGUGAUCGAACAUUAGAUGAUAGAGAUCGGCAACCAGGUGAUCGAACACCAGAAGGAAGAGACCGACAACCAGGUGAUCGAACGCCAGAAGGAAGAGACCGACAACCAGGUGAUCGAACGCCAGAUGAAAGAGAUCGGCAACCAGGUGAUCGAACACCAGUAGGAAGAGUCCGACAACCAGGUGAUCGAACGCCAGAAGUAAGAGACCGACAACCAGGUGAUCGAACACCAGAAGGAAGCGACCGACAACCUGGUGAUCGAACGCCAGAAGGAAGAGAUCGGCAACCAGAUGAUCGAACGUCAGAAGGAAGAGACCGACAACCUGGUGAUCGAACGCCAGAAGGAAGAGAUCGACAACCAGGUGAUCGAACACCAGAUGAAAGACAUCGGCAACCUGGUGAUCGAACACCAGAAGGAAGAGGCCGACAACCUGGUGAUCGAACCCCAGAAGGAAGAGAUCGGCAACCUGGUGACCGAACACCAGAUGAUAGAGAUCGGCAACCAGGUGAUCGAACACCAGAAGGAAGAGACCGGGAACCUGGUGAACUAACACCAGAAGGAAGAGACCGACAACCAGGUGAUCGAAAGCCAGAAGAAAGAGACCGACAACCUGGUGAUCGUUCACCAGAUGAAAGAAAUCGGCAACCUGGUGAUCGAACACCAGAAGGAAGAGACCGACUACCUGGUGAUCGAACACCAGAAGGAAGAGAUCGGCAACCUGGUGAUCGAACACCAGAAGAAGUACCGAGGCAACCAGGUGUUCGGGUCCCUGGAUCCGCGGACAACUCAGAUGUUUAUUUUCCAGAUCCAUCUUGCCUCUCUGGGAAGACGGAACUUGUAUUUUUGCUAGACACCUGUGACCAGGUGACCGAAAGCGACUUAUCCUACCUCCGUGAUUGGCUGAACGUUUUAGUGACCUCAUAUGACCUUGCAAUACAAAGUUUUCCUGCCAGAGGAGAAGAGGGCGACGAAGAGAAAACUCAGCUUGGUAUUGUCCAGUACGGUGACGAACCCAGCGUACUGCUACACCUUGGACCUCAUUCUUCGUUGUAUUUUGUAUCAGCAACAAUUGAUGCAAUUAAACCAACCAAUGGAGCCGCGAACCUUGCCAGGGCAUUGAGAUUUGUGCAACACUCGAUUUUUAACUCGACUUCUGCUGUGCGAGAAAAUGCGCGGAAGAUUGUGGUGGUAAUUUCAAAAGCAAACCAGGCUGGUGAUGUUGUUAAUGCAGCAACACGACUGAAAGAAUCGGGGGUCGCGUUAUUUAUGGUAAGCGCUGCACUUGACGACUCUGGUGUGUUCCGUGAGUCGGUUACGUCACAGCCCAGCAAAAAGUUCGGAUUUUCACUAAACGGUUACGAGCAGCUGGCUUCUAUCCGAAAUAAGAUUAAGUGGAAGAUUUGUAAACAAACCGACGGCAAGAGAAAGAAGUCGGGCACUCGGUCAAAACCAAAUGCGAAGUGCGAGUGCAAAGCUGGACCACCUGGCCAAAGAGGAUUACGGGGAGGCAAGGGCGACAGAGGUGAAAAGGGAAAUAUGGGUAAAACAGGCGCACGCGGUAAGCAAGGAAACCCGGGCAAAAAGGGGCUUGUCGGUUUGCCCGGCCCGCCUGGACCAAGAGGACCACCAGGAAGAGGUGAUAUUGGCGGAUUUGUGACGAGUGGCGUUCCAACGACCGAAGAGACCGCUGCAGUUGCGAAAAGGUUGCGGGCAUCGGAAAGAGACGUGUUGAAAGAAAUAAAACGGGGUUACAAAGGUGUACGCGGCGAACAAGGCAUGCCCGGACAUACUGGGCCCAUCGGGCCUCAGGGAUUGCAGGGUAUACCGGGCACACAAGGUCGACGAGGCUUUCCUGGACCAGAAGGACCUGUUGGACCUCAAGGGCCAGCUGGACCUGCUGGAAAUAUGGGGCUACGAGGGAAAAUUGGCCCAAUGGGUCCUCCUGGCCCUAAAGGCGAAUCUGGUGGGGGAUCUGGGGUGUCGAGAGAAGAUAUUGCUGAGAUUGCCGGCACCGUUUGCAAAGCGUUAAUUACUGAGCAUGAGCGAACGCAGCGGCAUGGAUCGUACGAACGAUCAGGACGACUCUCCCAAUCUCAACUUCGAUCACUGCGCGGACCACCGGGUCCUCCGGGAUCGAGAGGAUAUCCUGGACCUCCUGGUCCACAAGGUUACGAGGGGUCAGUUGGCCCUCGUGGUUACCUUGGAUUAGCCGGACCAAAGGGAUCUAGAGGCGAAAAAGGAUUCAUCGGCGACAAAGGUGAAAGAGGACCUUCCGGUAUUGGAAUUCAAGGUCCAGCUGGCAUUCCUGGUGCACCAGGUCCUCAAGGUAGAACUAAAAUUGGGAAGCCAGGUCCAGCAGGAAGUCCUGGGCAGCGAGGACCAAGAGGAGCAAGAGGUUACAAAGGUGCACAAGGUGGCGCAGGAGCACCUGGAAAGUGUAGCAACAGACAGUGUUCUACUUUCUUGCGUCAGCGAAGAUCCGCGGAUAUUAACAAUGUUGUGGAAAAUGUUCACGCUCGUGUUAACUUACGGAGUGAAGGGUCGGACGUCACGGAUUCAUGGUGGCCGUGGCAUUGAAUGACUGCAUAAAAUGUGACUUCUGUGUAAUACUUUUCGAAAAGAACAUGCGUUAUACGCGAAUCAGCUGUAUGUUUUGACUAAAAUUACAUUUUAUAGCUCAAACUUAUUCAUUUGCAUGUGAGGCCGGCAUUGCUAACUUUCGUAGGCCAAAUUGCUUUCCUUUUUCAAUCAGUAGCAUUAUUCUUCAGCAUAUUUCCUUUUUUAAACGUUUAGUUCCAAUGCAGUGUCGUGUACAUGCAACUACCCAGUGUUCCAGUGAUCAAUGAGUUUCAAAUCAUGUGGUUGUACCAAAUAUACCGUGUUCUAGAAAAUUUGCUUUUAUAAUCUAAAAAGUGUAUUUCUUCCGAAAAAUAAAUUAAGCGUCGAAUCAAAAA